GAAAGAAUUAUCCUUUUGAUAAUGAAACAAUUCAUCAAUUUGAAAAUAAUAUAUAUAAAUAUUGGUGUUGGAUUAAGGAUGCAUAUCUAGAAAUAGGAACAGUUGUUUUUAGAAUUUUUGAUAUUUGUGUUAAUGUUGCAUCAAUUGAAAGAUUAUGGAAUAUGGCAAAAUUACGUACUGAUAUUAUAUAUAAUAAAAGAUUUUAUAAAGAAUCUAUUGUAUCUAAUAUUAUAAAUUCUACUUUAGAAACUGAAAUAUAUGAUAAUGAUUUAGAAACUGAAAUACAAGAUAAUGAUUUAGAAACCGAAAUACAGGAAGUUAAUUCAGAAACUGAAAUACAAAAUAUAGAUAAUAUAGAUCAUGAUUCUGAAAUUGAAUUAUUAAUUGAAGAAAAUGAAGAAGUAUCAAAUAAUAGUGAAGAUGAUGAAAAUAAUAAUAUAGAUAUAGAAGAUAUUUUUCAAAAGUUUACUGAUCAUUUAUCUAAAUGGAUGGGAAUACUUGAAACAGAAAGAGAAAAUUCAGAAUUUUUGAAAAAUGAG